AUGUCGACUCAAACGGCAACGUCACUCAGGGGGCUCCUAUCCAACUCCCGAAUCACUUUCGGACUACUCCCUGGACUCGGCAUCCUCAUCAUCCUCCGAAUGGCCAUACAUUUAUACAGACCUGAUAUCGAAGACGCAGAAAACCGUGUCAGAGAUCAUCCAUUUGAAGAGCUCCUUGAUUGUUACGAUUUCAUCAUCGUUGGUGGUGGAUCCGCAGGAGCUGUGUUGGCUAACCGCCUGUCAGAGAACCCCAAAUGGAACGUGCUGUUGCUAGAAGCUGGACAAGACGAAAAUGUACUAUCAGAAGUGCCAGUAAUGUUUCCUGUACUUCAAACCUCGUCUAUCGAUUGGCAGUUUCUCACGGAGCCGAGUGACGGUUACUGCUUAAGUAUGAUAGAAAAGAAGUGCAAGUGGCCUCGCGGCAAAGUGCUCGGUGGUUCCAGUGUGCUCAACGCUAUGUUGUACAUUAGAGGGAAUAAACGCGACUACGACAACUGGGAGAGAAUGGGCAACAUUGGGUGGAGUUAUGAAAAUGUAUUGCCUUACUUCCUGAAAUCAGAAGAUAUAAGAAUACCUGAGCAGCAGUACGAUCGAUAUCACGCUACUGGCGGUCCAUUGACAGUUGAACAUUUUGCUUAUGAACAGCCAAUAACGAAAAAGAUUUUAGAAGCUGGUGAACAAUUAGGGUAUAAUAUUCGUGACGUGAAUGGAGAAUAUCAAACAGGGUUCACUCGGUCCCAAGCAACAAUUAGAGACGGCCUUCGAUGCAGUACUGCUAAAGCGUUUCUAAGACCUGCAUCUAAAAGACCAAACCUACACGUCAGUGUCCAUUCACUAGUAGAAAAAAUACUGAUUGACGAGAAAAAUACUGCGUAUGGCGUUAAGUUUACGAAACGUGGAAAAGGAAGGAUAAUCAAGGCUAGCAAAGAGGUCAUAUUAUCUGCAGGUACGAUACAGUCCCCUCAGUUGCUGAUGCUAUCAGGUAUAGGAGAUGCAGAACAUUUGAAAGAACUGGGAAUACAUCCGAUUGUUAAUCUUCCUGGUGUCGGACAAAAUCUUCAAGAUCACGUCGCAAUGGGAGGACACUCGUUUCUUUUCGACAAUCCAUACGACAACGGAACAGAUUAUUGUUUUAAUAUCCAUCAAGUGAUGUCAAUAGGAAGUCUAAUAGAUUUUAGUGUAAAUAAGAAUGGACCACUGUACAGUAUGAUGGAGGCUGAGGCAAUGGCGUUUGUGAACACUAAAUACCAAGACCCGAGUGAAGACUAUCCAGAUAUUCAAUUGUUUAUAGCUCCGACUGCAGAUAAUAUGGAUGGAGGUUUAUUCGGUAAACGGGCCAAUGGGUUAGAUGAUAAUACGUACGCAGAAUUGUAUGAAGAGAUUCUAUAUGAUUCUUCUUUUUCUAUCGUACCUCUGUUACUGCGGCCGAAAAGUCGGGGCUACUUGAAGCUAAGAGACGCGAGCCCCUACUCACCACCACGGAUUUAUCCGAACUACUACACUGACCCACAAGAUGUCAAAGUGAUGAUAGAAGGAGCGCGCAUAGUACAAGAACUAGUGAACCAGCCAGCGUUACGAGAGCUGAAUGCUCGACCCAACCCUCGACGGAACCCCGGCUGUGCAGCACACGAGCUCAUGUCAGAGGAACACCUGGAGUGCCAGGCACGUCACCAUACCCUGACCAUAUACCACCCUGUGGGGACCUGUGCUAUGGGACCCCGUGAAAACUCAUGGGCUGUUGUGUCUCCAAGGUUGAAGGUAUACGGGAUAGAGAAUCUUCGAGUAAUUGACGGGAGUAUUAUGCCUACGAUCGUGAGUGGCAAUACCAACGCGCCUAUCAUCAUGAUAGCCGAGAAAGCUGCCGACAUGAUCAAGGAAGACUGGUACAAUGCCCUCUCUCAAGAAUGUCUACUAGAAGAAGCUAAAGCUUAUCAACAGCCUAAAAAUACUGUAGAUGAAAACCCAACUAAAGUUCCAUUUAACACACCACCGGAUUUGUUCAAAGAAGUUUCUACUUUAUUCCCCUCUCUCAACACUAGCUUAACAAGUAUUCCUGUUAAAAGUAACACUGCCAAAGUUGCCGAACCUAAAAAACAAUACAAACCUAACGUACAAGUACCUAAAAUUAAUUUACGAAGGGGACAAAAAUAUCCUCAUUUUUAUAAGUCUCCACUUUUGAAUAUUCAACCUCAAAUAACGGUACCUAAUCUCGUGAAUGACCUGAGGAAUUUUCAUGAACGAAUCUUGUAUCCUAAGGUGGGUUUCCAGAGACCUCUAAGUAAUGUAUUAACUCCGGCUAUAAGACCUCCGGUAUAUCAAAAUACACUGAAUAGAGUUAAUGAUCCUAAUUUUUAUUUUGAAACCGGCAAUAUCAUUACUCCAAGGGGAGAGAAGAAAUGCAAGAUAUGGUUGUACAAAAACGGUGAAAAGUAUGAAGUAGAAUUGCUUUAG